AUGAAUGACUCUAACGACGAUUUCGAGUAUGACAGCGUCGUUUCUAACCCGGACCUCCACGACGGAAUCAUUGAUAACGACAGCCAGCUGGAUGCAGCCCCCAACCGGCGGCAGGCGGGUGGUGCCGCUAAUGUGAACAUACUUACGCCAAAUACAGCCCGCGACGAUACCCUGCCAAUAGCUGAGCGCCGUGGGGCCUCGGACAGCAAUUCCUCGUUGGCUGCUGCUGGCACACCGAAUGCUGGGAGGUUCCCGGCGGAGUACGAUAUGGAGGAGCCGGAUAUGUCAAACUUUUCAAUGAGCGUUCAGUCGCACUUUGGCCAAAAGAGCGGCAUGUACGCCAAAACCGCGUCUUCAGCUGACUUUGCAGAAAGCUUGAAGGGCGAUAUCGUUUUUUCGAAUAAAUGGUCUGCAGUCGGCAGCCAGCAAAAGCAGCAGCAGCACAAUGCAGCCGCCGCGGGUGAUGCCACCUUUGAUAUGUCAUCGUUCAACGAGUCCGAGAACGGCACAGUGUCUCAUGGUGCGACUGGAAAAGCGCCCUCAAUAUUUUCGAUGCCAGCACAGGAGAUGGAGGAGCGCAGGCCAGCCGGAAACACGCCUUAUGAGAGCACGCCACGAAAGGUGUCAUUUGCGCCACCAUACACGGCUGGGGGAGCAGCAGCAUCGUAUUCUACUAAUUACGCCGAGCAGAGCGACGCCACGCAAGAGUCUAUAGUCUUCCGCGAACAGCACCCCCCGCUUGCCCAGGCGCGGCCGCCAUGGGACGAUUCGCAUGCUGGCAGAGGCGAGGAUUCUACAGAGCUGAUUCCCAGCCAGCUCCAGCGCAGCAUCUCCCCCAUGAUCCACUUGCCGCUAAAUGCAACCAGGCUGAGCAUGGACGGCAUAGCAGGGGUGGGCGGCGUUGGCAUGGGCGGCGGUGGCUUUUUGAAAAGAAUGGUCGGCUGGACACGGUCCAAUAUGUCGCCACUUUCUCCAAACCCGGGGACACAGGCUUCGGCGGACAACGAUCAUGACGACGACUUGAUGGCGUCUGGUGGAAGCGAGGACAGCGGCAGCGGCAACGAGGAUCCACCUAAAAAACCGUUUCCCAGCAAUAUGCAGCAGAGGCUGAAUAACAAUGCCACGGUGUCCAGCCAUGCCUCGUCGAGAAUGUCCACGUCAUCGACGUCUCCUGUCAGGACUGAACCCAUGCGGUCGCAGGUGUUCUCGAACCUUGCCACCACGCCGACAUCUGCCCGAGCGAGCGGGCUGAGCCGAGCUUCUUUUAGCUCCACCACACCCAGGCGUCAGCCGCGGUCUUCUAGAAAGGUCUCAAACACACCCCUGCGCAGCGUCAAUCCGCUUGCACGUCACCUGGCGUUAAAGGCUAUCAGGUCGACGCCCACCCGCCAGCGCCGUGUCAGCUUGGACUCGGCUUCCUUCCAGUCGCAGGUGCUCACGCCCAACAGCCGCAGCAGACAGGGUUUUCGUCGGAUGGGCUACAACAGCCCAGGAAACGUCAGCAUAAACGGGGACGCGUCGAUGGCUGAAGCAUCAGUGGUCAGUAUGACCGACAUCCAGCAGCAGCUAGAUGGGUUUGCCAGCAUGCUAAAGCACGAUGCCUCGGCCGUACAGGCCGACGUGGUCGAGAGCGAGCAAGCGUGGCGCCAGAUGCAACAGGAGAUGUAUGAGCUGCGAGUGCAACUGCUCGAGUCCGAGAACAAACGCGACCUGUGCCAGCGCCAGGUUGAGCAGGCCGAGAACGACCGCGCUGAAUGGGAGGCAGAGCGGCAGCUGCUGACCGAGGACAAAUUCCACCUGCUGUCUAACAUCGAGCAGUGGCGCAAGCGCAUUGGUUCUGCCGAGAGCAACCAUCAGGGUGGGGAGGCGGACGAGGCCGAGGAGCGCGAUCGGCUAUUGUACGCUAUUGUGCGGCUGGAGGACGCCCUUGGAGUCUCUCGCCAAGAUGCGAAUGAUGCCCGGAAGGACGCAGGCGUAAUGGCUAGCAAACUGCGUCAACUUGAGACCGACUACGAGGAUGUUUGCGAUGAUCUGGAGCAAGCGAUGUACAACUACGAAGAUAAGAUCGACGAGUUGAGCUCAGACAUCAGCCACAUGCAGGCGGAGAUGUUUACGAAGAGUGCAAUGUUGGUGAAGUACCGCGAUCAGGCGAAGUCGCUAGACAUGGACUUGCAGAGGUCGAGAGAGGAAAGCAAUUAUUUGGGCAGCAAGCUGGCUGGGCUUGAGCGGCAGUUUGAGCUCGCACGCGUCAACCGGGCGGGGAUGGUCGCUGAGACUCUGCGGGCGAGAGAGUCGGGCGAGCAAAUGCGCAAGCAGCUGGAAGACCGACAGAAUCGGUCCGAGGAUGUGACUUCCCGCGAGUUUGAGCUGGCUGCUGAGAUUGCCCAGCUCAAGGAGGCUAACACCGCGCUGAAGGGUUCUCUGGAGGACCUGCUCGAGAAUAACCGCGAGCUCAAGGGUACGGGCGCCCACAAUGAGAGCCAUUUCUUUGCCACAGCGAUGGUUGAGACCGGGCUGCCUUUGCCGACAAGUGACGAUGGUGCGCCAAGAACCGUCGCCACUAGCUCUGCUCCCAUUGUAUCCAUUUCAGAGUCCGAGGCCAUUAGUAAGCUCAAGGCUGAGCACCGUGAGGAGUCAGACAAGCUCAACAAUGACCGCGAGCUGCUGGUCGACCAGAUAGACACGCUAGUCGAACAGGCAAGGUCCUACAAGGCCGAAAUUUCUAGGCUUUCAGAACAACUUCAGGACACAGCUGCUUUGGAGGCGCAGACCGGGACGUACAGCGAUGAAAUUGCCAGCCUUAAGGAGCAGCUCCAAGAUAUCAACGCUCUGAGGGCGAAGAAGGACGCGUAUAAGGCCGAGACCACCGAGCUCCUGGUGCUUGCCGAGGAAGCGCAGACCAGAAUCGAAUAUCUCGAGAAGCAGCUGAAUGACCUGCGGUCCCAACGGGCUGCCAGUGGUGAUGGUGUUGGUGAUGGUGACGGCCGGCUUAGUGGCACCGACGAAGCGGAGGGCGACGACCUCGCGCAGCUCAAGGAGAGCGAGGAGCAGCUGCGGCGCGAGCUGGACAGAGCUGAGCGCAUUCAAGAGGGUAUGACCGAGCGGCAACAUGCGCUGGAGGACCGCAACCACAGCCUGACCUCGCGCAACGAAGAGCUGUCGCAGCGUAUUGCGCGCUACGAGACCGAGUUAGAUGACUUGCGGGACCAGCUCAAUGUCAAUGGAACUGACAGCGCCGAUCCCAGCAAUGCCGAGCCCUUGCGCAAGCGGAUUGCCUUUUUGGAGAGGACAAUCGAAGAGCUAGAGGAUGACCUGAGGCGCAAGGACAACGACAACGACAACGACGGACUGCGCCAGGAGAUCAGCAGGAUGGAUGCACAGCUGGACGAUGCGCAGAUGGAGCUACUGCGUGUUAAUGCGAGCCUCGACUCCAAGAAGGCCGCGCUCAAGUCUGCCCAGGAUUCCAUUGUCGAGAUGCAGUCGGCGACGGCUCGUGUAGCCAGCACCGUCGCGACGACAUCGCCAAACACAGAUUGCCGCGAGGUUGAGCUGUCACAGACCCUACACAAGGUGAAGGCAGAUGUCCUUGAGCUGGAGGAGGACAUUGAGCGCCACAGGCUGCGACAAAGCAAGCUGAAGAAGGAGAAGCAUUACCUGGCCCACCAGCUGAUGCAAGUGCUGAACCACAAUGCCACGUUGCGCCAAGAGCUGACCGAGUUCUUGCUGAGGCGCGCGGGCAAAGUGAGGGAGCUCAAGCUGCUCCAGGAUGCUGACCAGCGGUUGCAAGGCCAGCAGUCGAGCUACAUGACCUCGAUGUCUGACGAUGGCAGCGGAUCGGGGGGCUCGAGCUUCUUCAACAUGGUGCCAUCGACUAGCAUGCUCAUGGACGGCAGCAAGCCAGACUUCCUUUGCCGACUGGACAAGCACUUGGUCGAGAUGGAGAAUAUUAUCGACAACGACAACAGCGACGACAAGGCUGAGGUCGAGGCCACAGGCAGUGCCAACGUCCAACGCGUGCAGCAGCUAAAGUCAUCGUCGCUCAGACGCAGCAACAGUCUUCAGCCGCCAUCAGGCCUCAACUCGCGGUUGCAACGGAAGGUGCUGACGCCGAUCAGGGAGGAGUUUAACAUUUCAAACGCCAUAUUCUCCGAGUCCGGCGUGCAAUGCGACCUUAUUAGUGACGAGCUGAUGGCAAAGAAGAUACAAUUUGACGAAGAGCUCAAGGCAGCGCGCGAUACGGUCUACCGCCUGGAGGAGGAUGUGCGCUCGCUGCGCACGUCGGUUUCAAGUGCCAGGCAAGAACGCGAUCAGUUCAGGCUUUCGCAAGAGGAGGCAGUCCAGCGCGUGGCCGCUCUGACUGGUCAAAUAGAAGACCUCAGCGAGAGCCAAGAGCGGAUGAAGGCAUUCAACGACACCACGGCGCGCGUGUCCUUAAAGGUUAAUCGCCAGUUUGUAGUGCUCAACAACGUGCUGCGCCGGCUCAAGGCGUUCGACUCCGCCCAGGGUGGUGAUGACUCCCUUUUGACGCAGCAGGAGAUCGACGACAAGGAGUAUGAUCUUGGAAUUUUGGAGGAUGACAAAAUGCGCCAGGCCGUCAUCGACAGGCCGCUCGAGGCCGUAGACUUUGGUAUGUUCGGGCUGUUGUCGAAGAACAAGGCCAGCGAGGGGGGGGCUCUGGAGCUGAAUACAGACGAGGCCCUAGAACAGCUCGUCAUUUCGGCCACUGAGACUUACGGCGAGAUCAGACGCCUGCGCGGUGAGAUCAUUCGUGCAAAUGCCAUGCGCUCCCGCUUGAUGAAGCGCGCGGCCGAAAAAGCACAGCGCCAGCUCCCCUCGUACGAGCUGUCGUCGCAGUGGACUCGCAAUAUACGCCAGCGCAGCUACACGGACGGCCUGGUCAUUACGCAGGCCAAUGCAAACAAUGGUGCCAGCGCAACGGUUUUCGGACCCCGCCGCGACGAUACUGUCGACGGUGACAAUGCCAGCCAGAUAUCGGGCUCGCUUCUUGAGGAUACAGAGCCGCCGACCUCGCCCGACCUAUCCGAUGAGUCGGCAGCCGCAGCUAUCCAAACUGCAUCGGCGCUUCAGAACCGGAGCAACGAGAGCAACUCAUUGAUGGCGAACCUCGCGUCAGUGCACAGCCCUGCUGCUGCCAGAGCCGAGCUUAUCCGGCUGGAGGAUCUGCUCAAGGAGAGAGACCACAAGCUACGCAAGUUGCAGGUGGAGUGCACCAAGCUCGCUGAGUUUAACACCGAGUACAUCCAGCAGCUCGACAGGCAGAAGAACGAGAACAACCGGCUGAAGCAUGAUUGCAUAUCGCUGAAGAUACGCGUUGACAACCGGUCUGCCAAUCGCACUAUGACGCCAAGCCACGGCACCGACUGGAACAAUCUCGAUUCUGUCGAGCGCGAGAUGGAAAAGUGCAAGGGGAUGCACGCGGAAUAUGUGGCCGAAGUCAGCGAUCUGCUCCGGGUCCUCAACCAACAAACGCUCGACCAGGCACUUGUCAGCGACGCUUCUGACCCUCAAGACAACACCAGCUCCUUGCCAGAGCCAGUCGGUGGCCAUACUUUGGGUUCGCGGCCUGCUAAAGCCACUAAUAUGUUCCGCACGCUGUUGAUGGAUUUGGCCGACAAGCUUGACGCCAAGCACGAGCUGGAAGAUAGCCUGAGUAUUGGCAAGAACUUCGAAAACAUAGCCACUGUGAUUCGUCAGCGUCUGCACCAAAGGGACGCGGAGAUAAGGGCACUGCGUGACGACCUGAACAAGUCCCGUGCGGCCGCGGAUACCGCGUUUAGCAAUUCGAUGAUGGUUGAUCAAGCGGCUACGACGACCGAAAGACAGCUUUGCGAGGCUCGGGCUGAGAAGCAGUCGCUCGAGAAUAUCCUGUCUUCCCUGGAGCAGCAGCUCGAAAGCACUUCGACCGACAACCAGGCACUCAAGGGAAAUGUGGCUCUGUUGGAGGAGGAGCUCGACAGGGCCUCGGCUCAUAUUGGGUCGCUCGAUAACACUGUGGCUUUGCUGAAGGACCAGAACACGGCCAUUGGCAAGGAGGUUUCUGACCUUACAAACGAGCGCGACGAGUGGUACCAUAAGCACCAGGAAUGCGCGAAUUCGCUGACCAGUCAGGAGAAAGAGUGCGAGCGGCUCAACCGGGAGCUUCAGCACGCUCACGAGCAGCGCUUGGGCUACCCCUGCGAGGUGGUCCGGGGCCAACGUCUGAACGUUGGUGGGAGCCAGGAUUCUAGGGCGGACGCCGACCUGCAGCUGCUGCGCCAAAAGUGGGUUUCUGAGGCGCAAAGGAACGCGGCUGAGGAAUGGUGCAGCAUGGAGUCUGCGCUGCGCGAAUCCUACGACUCGCAGAUGGAGAUUCUUGAAUGGGCGCGCGACCUGUGGAUCGAUACUGUGAUCUCCAUCAUGGACCUCGCCGAGAAACACAUCAACAGGCAGUCGGACGGUUGCAGCGAGGAUGUUCGGUCGGCGACAGAGGGCUUGCGCAUUGCUGUCGACGAGCUCGAUGUAGAGGUUCGGUAUGCCAUGGAGCAGGUUGAGUCAGUGCAGAAUGGCCUGAGUGCGUCGAUUAAUGGUGGCAGCAAUGGCGCAGUAGGUGGCAGGUUUAACCGCGCCAAGGUCCGUGACGAUCUCAAUAACAUUAAGCGGGGGCUCAACGGCCACUUCAACGACCCCUGGCGUAUCAACUUGCGCAAGUGCAUUAUUGUAAUGACGUCGAUUCUGCAUGUGGGCACGAGCAAUAGCUCUCGAGCCCGCAGCGACUAUGGCAGGGAGAACGAUGACAAUUCUCCGCCCAGCACCGCGGCCACAUCGUCAAACUCAUCCGAAAACCACCCUCUCAGCCAUGCGCAGAAGGAAAGGCUCAGGCAGCACAUGGAUGAGCGAGCUGAUCGUGACCGGCGCAGGCACGAGAAGGAGAGGAAUGAGCUUAUCAAGAGGGAAAAGGAGCUCAAGUCCAGACUUAAUAAGAUGCAGGAUGAGAAAAAGGGCUCUGAAUACGAGAGCAAGUACCGACAUGAGCUCCUGCUUAUAAAAUCUGCAUGCGUCAUGGGCCUGGAGUUCAAAUUAAACAUCGCCAUGCAGCUCAUCGGUGGCGUCGACGGGCUGUGCCGGGAGAUCGAAAGGCGCGUGCAGCAGCAGCGGGCGUCUAUGCUGAUUACGUUCCGCGGUGAGGACACGUUUAGUCGGCCAAGGAAGUUGUGGCGGCGGGUUUUGUUGGCUUUGCGCAUGGUGAACAACCUCAAGGACAUGGCGGCCACAAGGAAAAAGGCCAUUGAGUUCAAGUCUAAGGGCAGAAAGUUGGUGGAUAGGUCUUUGAAUAUCCUUGCGAACCAGCAUCAGCAUCAGCAUCAGCAUCAGCAUCAGCAUCAGCAUCAGCAUCAGAAUCAGCAUCAGAAUCAACAGCAACGCCCACCGCUCCCAAGGCCCCAAGCAGCGGCGGGCUUUGAAAAUGGCGGCGGAAGCGGUCGCCGCAUACACGGGGUGCAACAGCAACAGCAGCAGCUGCAAUAUCACAACAGCAGCAUGCGUGCAGUACCUGUCACUCCUUCCAACCUUCGCAACCUCUCUUCGGACAUUCGGUCCAGCAACGGCUCCUCAAUGGGCCAUUGA